GUCGAGCGCUGAUUCUGUAUUAUUUCCUGUGUUGGUGGAGGUCUCAAGUUUCCGUAGUUCACGUAAACGCAGCGCGUACAGCUGCUCGUGCACAUCUUUAUUGUUUUCGGAUUAGUUGGACAAUUUAGCGGUUGUCAUUUUUACUCUGUAAAACUUCGGCUACCGUAUUUUUCGAAGUCGGCGACAUGGAGGCAGGGUUCUCAUCAGAUAAUUUUAACGUACGAGGUGCCAUCAUGGAGGCUGGAGCGAGUGCUUUGUGCUACGAGUUGCUGGCGGAGGUGGGCAAGGGCGCCUACGGCAAGGUGUACAAGGCCAGGGAGGUGGGCGAGAAAGGGCGCCUCCUGGCGGUGAAGAAGUACAACAUCCAAGCAGCCUCGUGGGACAGCGGCAUCCCUCCCUUCAUGCUGCGCGAGGUGGCGCUGUUGGACAAGAUGAAGCAUUUUAACCAUCCCAAUGUAGUCAAGAUGUUGGAUGCUUCUGCCAUGGUGAAGGACAGAGUCCUGGACCUCACUGUGGUGUUGGAGUAUAUCGACCAGGACCUGUCUGCUUACCUGUCCAAAGCCUCUUCCACUGGACUGACCCGAGACAACAUCAAGGAUGUGAUGCUGCAGUUGAUGCAGGGCCUGGACUUCCUGCACAGCAACAUGGUUCUGCACCGCGACCUCAAGCCGGAGAACAUCCUCAUCAGCAGCCGCGGCGAGGUCAAGAUCGCCGACUUCGGCCUGGCUCGUAUCUACACCUUCAACAUUGCCCUCACGCCUGGCGUUGUCACCUUGUGGUAUCGAGCGCCGGAGGUUCUGCUCAACUCCACGUACAUGUCGUCUGUGGACGUGUGGAGCACCGGCUGCAUCUUUGCUGAGCUUUUCCUGCUGAGGCCGCUCUUCAGAGGAUUCAGUGAGGUGCAGCAGCUGCAGAAAAUAUUUGAGGUCAUCGGUUUGCCUAAUGAGGACGAGUGGCCCCAGCACACUCUCUUACCCUACAGUCCCUUCUGGGGGCCCAAAAUCCCGUCUCCCGAGUUGCUACCCAAGCUGAGCCCGGACGAGAGCGAUCUCCUUUUUAAAUGUCUGACCUUCACACCCAGCAGACGCAUCUCAGCCGCCAAUGCCCUCGCUCACCCGUUCUUCGUGAAGAACUGAGUCCGGCUAAGAUAAAUGACUUCCAUCCACCAUCUGACACACAGUGAAUGGAGUACCUUGUUUAACCAUCAUGAGAGGCAUUAUUAGCAUUGCCAUUUUCUGUUUUUUAUAUUGUUAUUCACUCUUUAAAAACAUUACAAGCACCUUAAAGUGGACACUUAUUUUGGCUAGUUUAUUUGAGUUUACAUUAUGGCUUUAAUACACGUGAUUCAUAUAAUAGGUUUGUUGACAUUUCGACUUAAAGCAGAAAGAAAUGAGACAUCGGGUCACUCAGAUGUUGUCUUUUUUUGUUUACAUUUUGUUUAAAAAAAACACACGAUUAGCACUUUAAUGUGUACACAUUUGUGUCAAUUUGCACAGCUACAGUAACUCUUUAUUUUGUGAGGAUUGUGGCCUUACGGUUUGAUCACUGAACGAUGUCUCACCACUUUUCGUGUUUGUGAGGAGAUUUUUCUACUCGUGUUCCACUGUUUGUAAUGAUUCUUGCAUUUUAGUGCAACCAGUACAUUUAUGACUUCAUUCAAUAAAGUCAUUUCUUUGCUGAUA